CGCCUAUAUUUCCCAUGCCUUUUAUCCGAGCCCUUUAUCCUAUUUUGCGGGGCGAAACGGGGCCGUCGUAUUUAGUGCUGGAUAUUUACCACCAAUAAUGAUAUGACUCGCUGCACUUCCCCAGAUACAGCUCUUUUCCGAGGGAGUCUACUAAGGGUACUACGAGAGAUAUUUCCGCAAAGACAGUUAGUACUAGGUUCAGUAAAGGCGACACGGCCCGUAUCCCGCAUCGAUAAUGGGCAUCGAAACGCUAUACAUAACAAUUGACCCCCAAGCUCAGAUCUCACGAAGCUACGACUACUACACAGUAGCAGCCUCAGAGGGACAAGAGUAUCAGGACAAGCAAGGGCCUCUCUCUAGCCCUCCGGCCCACUCAAAAUGAAGCCCCGCGCUUUGCUCCUCGCCCUAACAAGCGCAACCUUCGCCCUAAGCAAAACAAUCAGCUACGACUACAACUUCUCCCCCGUCGCAGUCUCCGGCGGCGGCUACAUCACAGGGAUAAUCGGCCACCCAACGGAAAAAGACCUGCUCUACACGCGCACCGACAUCGGCGGCACAUACCGCUGGGACGCCCGGGCGCAGAAAUGGAUCCCGCUUAACGAUUUUAUAUCCGGUGCCGACGAGAAUCUGCUCGGGACGGAGAGUAUUGCACUCGAUCCGAAUGAUCCUGAUGUGUUGUAUCUUGCGCAGGGGCGGUACUUGAGUGCUGGGAAUGGGGCUUUUUUUGUGUCGAAGGACCGCGGGGAGAGCUUUGAGGUGUAUGAGGCACCGUUUGCGAUGGGGGCGAAUGAGUUGGGGAGAAAUAAUGGGGAGAGGCUGGCCGUUAAUCCGUUUCAGAGUGGGGAGGUGUGGAUGGGGACGCGGUUGGCUGGGUUGAUGAGGAGCUUUGAUGGGGCGAAGACCUGGGAGAAUAUCACAGGUUUCCCGGAUGCUGCAGUGAAUGGGGUGGGGAUUUACUGGGUGAUUUUUGAUCAGAAGGCCGAAGGCACUGUUUAUGUCGGUGUUGGGGUUCCCGGAGGCGUUUAUGUUACGAGGGAUUCUGGGGAGAGUUGGGAGCGGGUCCCUGGGCAGCCGCUGGACUGGGAUGAGGAUGUGUUGGUUUUCCCUGACGAGGCGCAACCUCAGAGCUCCGGGCCUCAGCCGAUGAAGGGUGUGUUGGCGAGCAAUGGAGCGUUGUAUGUGACAUACGCUGAUGCACCGGGCCCAUAUGGGGCUACGUAUGGCGGAGUGUAUGUUUACAAUACUUCGUCGAGCGAGUGGAGGAAUAUCACACCGGGCAAGGAGAAUUCGUAUCCGGCGCCGUUUGCUAAUCAGACCUUCCCUGCUGGAGGAUUCUGUGGGCUUAGCGUGGAUGCAGAGGACCCUGAGACGCUCGUUGUGGUGUCUUUGGACCGUGAUCCUGGCCCGGCUCUGGACAGCGUCUACCUCUCCCAUGACGGGGGUAGAUCUUGGAAGGACGUGACUCAGCUCUCGACACCGUCGGGCUCGAGCGGAUACUGGGGUCAUCCGAUUGAGGACGCUGCGUUCAAGGAUGGCACAGCGGUCCCUUGGUUGAGCUUCAACUGGGGCCCUCAAUGGGGCGGAUAUGGCGCUCCUUCUCCGGUUCGUGGACUGACAAAAUUUGGAUGGUGGAUGACGGCGGUUCUCAUCGACCCGAGUAACUCGGACCAUCUCCUCUAUGGCACUGGAGCUACCAUCUGGGCUACGGACAGCUUGUCGCGUGUUGACACGAACCAGUCUCCUGACUGGUAUAUCCAAGCUGAGGGCAUUGAGGAAUCAGUAGCACUGGCAAUGGCUAGUCCAAAUGGUGGACCUUCGCACCUGCUGACAGGGCUAGGCGACAUUAAUGGAUAUCGGUAUGGCGAUCUCGACGUUCCGCAGCCAAUGUUUGAUCUCCCAGUGUUUUCAAACUUGAACGCCCUCGACUGGGCUGGCCAAAGGCCAAAGACGAUAAUCCGAGCUGGUCCCUGUGGGCACAAUUACACCGACGGUUGCGGACUCGCUGCGCACUCUAACGACGGCGGCGACACCUGGACAAAGUUCGCCACCUGCAUCCCGGGUAUCGAGGUUGGCACACCGAACCCUGGGACUAUUGCCAUUGAUGCUUCGGGAAAGCAUAUUGUGUGGUCUUCUGCCAUGACAACGUACUGGCCGACGUUACAGGCCAUCACCCCGCGCACGAACGAGUCUGGCCCGUACGCCACAACCAACCUCGGAAAGACCUGGGUUUCCCCUACUGGCCUGAAUGUACAGACACCCAACAUCAGUGCCGACAGAGUACAGCCCAAAACAUUCUAUGCUUUCACCGACAGCAACUGGUAUCUGAGUAGGGACGGUGGCGCAUCAUACACCUCUUUCAAAAGCAAAGAUGUCGGAUUGCCAACCUACCCGGGGGCGAUGCCGAUUGCAAACUUCAACAGAGCAGGCGAGGUUUGGCUCGCCCUUGGAGACCUGGGUAUUUAUCAUACGCGCAAUUUCGGCAGGAGAUGGACGAAAGCCACAGGCCGUGGCGUAACCGCAAGACAUUUGACAAUCGGGGCCGGUGCGCGUCGUUCGUCCACGCCAGCGCUAUUCAUCGUUGGAACGGCUGCGACUCAUGGCCCGCUAAGCAAGGAUGGAGUUUAUCGAUCCGAUGAUAAUGGCAGAACAUGGGCACGCGUCAAUGACGAGGACCAUCAGUAUGGUGGGGUUGGGAUGAUCCAGGGCGACCCUCGUGUGUAUGGACGGGUUUAUUUGGGUACCGGCGGUCGGGGUAUUGUGUACGCCGAUAUCGAGAAGCGCAGUUGAGUGGGCUUUGACGCAAUGUUUCGCUUCUCGGUGAAUCUUUCACGGGUGGUCAAGCUUUGAGCCACUGUCAUACAGAGGAUCUCGGCCUCUUUUCUGCCAUUGCAUUGAAAUGGGCCGAGAGGAGGCGAAUGAGCAGAUAGACAUAGGCCUCGGCCACUCCAGUAGAUAGUGGUUUAAGAUAACAUUUCUAAGUACCUGACAGUUCUCCGGUAGAGCUUAGACCGACCAUAAGAGAGACUGAUGUCCGGCAUAAAGCCGAUCUUCGUCGUUCGGUGAAUCUCCCGAUCGAAGCGAAGAGACCUCGGGGAAAAGACCACCGAGCAUUAGAGCCCAGACGUAUGACGACAGGGAAUGCUCGGGUUGGUCUCCGACGCUUGAGAAAUGGUGGCCACCCCCAGGAGCCCAGCACAUUUUCUCACCGACGACAAAAAUUCUUUCGUGCUUUUUGUUCAGGACAAUCGGCAAUUGAAUUUUCCAAGUUGAGUGAGAAUAUCAGGUGAUCCUCGGUGUUUGAUCUUGACAGACGUCAUGGCGAGAGUGGCCGACAGCACGUGAUCAAUCGCCGACUGUUGUGCUCUUCGAUAGUGCGCGAACUCAGGAGAGAACAAUAAUAAACUGAAAGCGAGCUAACAAUGUAGGACUUGAGAUCGCUCGCGGAAUGGUGCGGCAUGGCGUAGUGCCGUUGCUCUGCAGGCCCAGGCAGGGAGCAUGAGACUCGGUCCGAGGUAUUACUCGAUUGGUACUGAAGCGACCGACAACGAAAGCUUAGGGGAGAUUGAGGGUAAGUGAGCGGCAUUCUGCCUUAUGAAAUAUGCACCUCUAAUUGCCCCGUCUUAGGCCGCUCGGUACUUGUCGAACAAACCGGUCGACGCUGAUGUGUGAUCUGAGCACCCGUGGCGGGAAGUUCCCGAAAAAAGCAGACAGAGCCAGAAGUAUUGAGGAGACUUAGCAGAUCUGGUCCAAUGAAAGCGAUUGAGAUUAUUAGCUGAAAUCUGCUCUUAGUAAGAGAGGAGGGAGAGGGCGACAGGCCUGAGGUCGCUAUGAGGCAACUGCUGGCAUGUGAAAGCUGACGAUGUCAUCAAACGGCACCGGAUGACCUUGCUGAGAGCGAGAGUCGUCCAAUGGAUCGUGGGCAUGUGAAGUUUGAUACUCGCAGUGGUCGAAUUGUGGAUCGAGCGUGGAUAGAGGGCUCAUGGGAUUAUCGAUGGCAAUGGACCUGCUGAAGGCAGAUGGACAAACCAGCAACCGGGGAAAGCUCUUUACUAAGGCCAGUCCACUCUCCCCAGGUUCAGUCCCAGUCCAGCUUCCGCGGCUUCCCCAUACUUUAGACCAGUCUCCCGCGAAAACAUGGGGAAGAGAAGUAGAAACGCCCAUUAAACGGGAAUAAUAAAGUAAAAUGGCCAGACACUGAAUAAUCCAUGAUAGAACCUUCAGCAGCACGUUCCGUAGUAAGGAG